AUGAAACCAAAAUUAAUCUAUAAUAUCCUUCAGACAAAAAUCUUUUAUAAAAUAAUCCUUGUACCUUUCCUUUUUAUUUUUAUUCUUCUUAUGUUUUCUUUUUUAUUUCUUCUUUAUCUUUCUCUUUAUUUAUCCUUCUUUUCAUACUCUCUACUUUUAUUACCUCUUAUUUUUAUAUUCUUUUCUUCUUUAUCUUUUAUUAUUAUUUACCUCCUUUAUCAUUUAGUAUUUCCUCUUUCUUUUUCUUUUUUUAUUAUUUCUUCUUCUUCUUAUUUUACUUUUUAUUCCCUUUUAUCUUUUCUCUUUUUAUUUCUUUCUUAUUUUAUCUUUUCUUAUUAUUCUUUCUUCUAUUUCUUUAUUUUCUUAUUUUCGAUUUCUUUACUUAUUCAAUUAUAUGAAAUAUUCUUUGUGAAUAUGAAUGGAAACUGGUUGAAAUUGUAUAAACAAUCUUCUAUGACAAUUAUUAAAUUUAAAUUUAUUGUUUUAUAUAAUUUCCAUCAAAAAUAUCAUUGUUCCUUCUUUAUUAUUAUUUUAUUUAUUGUUCAAAUUUAA